UUGCUCUUUCUCCAUGACUUGUGUAGGCAGCUCAUGGACAAGUAUAUUAGGGAGUGGUUUCAAAACUGGCCUCAUCCAGUCUUUCACGUGAUCAUUUAGAGAUCGUUCGAACGUUGCAUUGUUUUAUGCUUUACUCUAUCACUUCCAUCUCUUGCUGUGGUUGCUGACUAAUCAAUGCUAUUUACAUCAAUAACUGUACAGAGGUCUCUGAAUAGUCUCUCUUGUUUUUUUUCUGCUGCCGUUAAACUAGUGAUACUGCUCACUUGUGCAAAUGUACAAAUUCAGGGUUGCUGAGGAAGAGCCUCCGAUUUGUGGUGUGGAUUUAAACUUGUUCAAUGUUGAGCCAUGUAAGUUGAGCCUAAUGGGUGGCUGUGCUGUAUAGGUCAUAUGCUACUGUCAAGUUUGAUUCCUGGUCUGUGCUGUUAACUAAAGCCAACCAGGCUAUAGUGGAGCUACUCUAAAUGUCUUUGGCAUCUCUGGGCUAAAGAGAGAAGUGUUCCAGGAUUGCAUUUCUGCUAAACAGUUAGAUAGUGAUUAUGCAUUGUCAUUGAUAACAGGAUUGAUCUUGACUGUGGUGUCUUUCACAGUCAAAUAGCUUUCCAGAAUUUGCUGUCUAAAACUUUCCUGUGACUGGCUGUUAUGAGAAAGAUCGGGUUGUGAGGCUGGUGCCUGUGGAACUGAAAAUUCUGUUUUUAGGAGAGGAAAAGCUGAAAUGUGUCAGACUUGGCUCAGUGGUUGUACUUUCACCUCUGAGUUUGAAGCUUGUGGGUCCAAGUCUCACUCUUGAGCUUGUAAUCGAGUCUAACAUCUAAGUGCCAGACAGAGGGAAUGCUGCAUUGUCAGAAGUGCUACAUUUUAGAUGAGAUGUCUGUCCUCUCGAGUGGCUGGAAAAAGCCCCUGCUACUAUUUCAAAGUAGUGUAAGGUAGUAUUAUUUAAUCAGCAUACAGGAUAAUCAGAAAUAAAUUCAUCAGCCAUUUAUCUCGUUGUUUGCUGUGUGCAAAAUUGACUGCAAUGUUUCCCUACAUCAGAACAGUGAGCACAUUUCACAUACACUUAACUGAAUCUUCAGUGCCUUAGAUCAUCCUGAGAAUAUGAAAGUUGCUAUUUAGAUGGGCCAGAUCUCACAGUCAGCAGGGCGGUGACUCCAACAAAGAUCUAGCCUUCUCUGUGGAAUGGAUUUCCCCUUUCCUAACAGCAGUUUGAAUCUAGUGCCAAGUCAAGGGGAUCUCCAAGCAUCCAGCGAAAUGAUGUCAUCAAACAGGUCGCCACAACACUAAUUCAUUCUGAGAAGCUCUUUGAGACUUUCAACGACACAAGGCACUAUAUAAAUUACCUGUGAGGUUUGACCCUGUCAUGAUGUCGGAGGCACCUGCUGUAAGGUUCAGAGUGUUCACUCUCAAUUGCUGGGGAAUCCGAUACCUCAGCAAGUGUUGCAGGGAGCGUUAUGAAAUGAUCAUCCAGUUGCUGAGUCAGGAGAAGUACGAUGUGGUCCUGCUGCAGGAGGUAUGGAGUGAAAAGGAUUAUCACUUCUUGAGAAGCAAAUUGACAGAUACCCACCCCUAUUCAGUGUACUUCAGAAGUGGAGCUAUAGGCAGUGGACUGUGCGUCUUCUCCAGAUACAGAAUAACUGACUCCUUUCUCUACCGCUACUCCCUGAAUGGUUACCCUUAUAAGUUGCACCAUGGCGAUUGGUUUGGCGGGAAAUCUGUCGGCUUAGUUAUUCUCAACAUAAAAGACAUCGUCAUUCAUGUCUAUGUCACGCACCUUCAUGCGGAGUACUGCAGGGAAAAGGAUGAUUACCUCCCCCACCGUCUGCUGCAAGCCUGGGAGUUGGGACAAUUUAUACGGCACACAGGCAAAACAGCAGAUAUCAUGGUUCUGGGUGGGGAUUUGAACAUGCAUCCAUGUGACUUGGGGAACAGGCUCCUUCAAUGCUACACCGGGAUGAAGGACUCUUUCUUAGAGACAGAAAAAUUUGAGGGCUGCGAAGGCGGAUGUACUCUGCUGUCUCAGAAUUGCUUUGCCUCAGUCAGUGACUCACAAUCGUUCCCCUCAGGAAUUCGCAUUGACUACGUUCUCUACAAGGGAUCGAGGGGAUUCCCUGUGAAGUGUGAGCACCUGACAACUACAAGUGGUACAGCGCCUGGGAAAAACAUUCCAUACUCAGACCACGAAGCUGUGUGCGCCACAUUGAGUGUCCAGAAAGACCAGACUGCUGUCAGCGAGGUGAGACACGGUGAAGAGAUUGACCCACAGCUUGUAGACAUUCUAAACGAGGCUCGGGCAGAGCUGAAAGUCGGCAUUCAUGGAGCAGAGAAGGUGCGCUACUCCUCUGGCAGGAUGGCGAUCCUGGGGUUCAUCCUGAUGCUCCUGGAGGUUGUCAUAGCGAUCAUACCACUUGUCACCACUAUGGCAGAAAACUCGUUCCCCAAGGUGUCCUUCUAUAUUCUGGGGAUGGUGGCCUUUGCUGUGGCACUGCUCGCCGUUAUUCUCUAUGUAUUCCAUACCAUUGAGGUGAAAAUGUUGCAAGGAACAGAGGACCAAAUGAGGAACACCAUCCAGGCUUUGCAGGAGCAACUAGGUCACUAACGGCAGUCAAUGGACACGUUUCUGACCAGAUUAAAUUGGAGCUGGAUGUUGUAAUCGUACCUCCCAUGCACAAUCCAUAGCUAAUGCAGUUCUGAAUGAUAUUGUGUGAUCUCAAUCCUGCAUGUUAAAUGUGUGACUUCAUAGUGUCAAAUACAUUCCAGAUGGCUGUAUAGGUCCAUAGGGAAUGGAGGCUACGAUUUGGGGCAACUUAAUUGUUUCGCCAAAUCGAAACAUAAUGAGAUGUGCUUACGAUUCACAUUUCCUUCUGUCCUCCCCUCCCACCCCCCCCUCCUCCCAUUUUUAUUCCAUGUUGUCUGGCUAAUCUCUAUUCAGGAAUGUGAAGACAAUAGAUGGUGCAGAUUUCCAUUGUGCCUGAGCUCUGAUUUGUGAUGAGGCCCAGUCUGUAGCAGAAAGGCCUGUGGCUAUGAUGGAAAUCUAUCCUUCCCUCCAUCUCUGCUCCUUCACCAACCCAUUUCUCCCUAAAAUGAACCUGAGUCAGGAACUGAGGAAGUUUCCUGGUGAAGGAGCGUAGUGGCUAUGUUGCUGGACUCACAAUCUGGAGAGCAAGUUCCAAUCCCCCUGUAGUAGUUUGAGAAGCUGAAUUCAGUUUAUAUUUUUUUAAAAAAGUAAAAGUGACCAUGAAGUAGUUGGAUUGUCAUAAAAACACAACUGGUUCACUAAUGUUCUUUGGGAAGGAAAUCUGCUCUCCUUACCCGGUCUGGCUUGCAUGUGACUCCAGGCUCUCAACAAUGUGGUUGAGUCUACGUUCCUCAAAAAUGACCUCGUAAGCCACUCCAUUGUAUCAGCUGUUACAAAGAAUUACACACUGUGGCAGUUCAGCAGGAAAGCCCAUCCCCACCUUUUCAGGACACCCAGCAGUGAGCAGUAAAGGUCAACCUUGCAAGUGUCAGCUACAUCCUGAGAACAAUUGGCAAAGGUGGUUUGUCCAAGUACUGCAUUUCAAUCAAAGCUAUGCUGACUCAGUGAAGCCUUCAGGCAAAACUUGAGUUCAGACCUUGAGCUGUUUGUUAGGAGGCUUAGGUGACAGCAUUUAUCCUGGAGCUGAUGAGAGAAGAACAUAUUUUCAUAAGAGUUUCUUUUCUUGCAAUACAAAGGGGUUUUAUCUCGCAGUGUUCCUGGUCUCCACCCAUUUUGUCCACCCACCCCAGAGACUUAACUCCUUUUUGGAAAUGGUUUUGAGUGCAUAUAAGGACAUAAAGGAGACUGUUGAUCCUGUUCCCUCCAAUGGAUCAUGUAUAAUUUGUCACUAUUUUGAACUCUCCCUCUGGGGUAUUUAACUUCCAGAGGUUAGUGAAUAGCUACAAGUAAAUAUUCAAAAAGAAUAAACUUGAAAUAGCUGAUCCAAAAAGUAAUUGAAGGAAAUUGACAGGAGAUCAUUCUAAUAUUACUCUUAUAACUGUUAUAUCUCUCAAAUCAUAGUCUCACCAGAACCGAGACUGUUUGUGUUAAUCUGCAGGUUUAUUGAGACUUAUUCUUUCCCUAAUAACCAUCAAUCCCAUUAUUAAACACAUGUUUAUACAUCAUUUUUAAAUGCAUCAGGGGAUAACUGCUUUUGUUUAGAGCCUAUUUCAGAUAUCAUCUAUUUUGGGAUGGAAGAAAACAUACUUCAUGCCCCUGGCCUUGAUUGAACCUUUUCUAGUUCUGUAUCUUUGUUGUCUAAUCCUGCACUCACACCUUUGGGUUCGAUGAGCUGUUUACUUUCACAUAAUUCACACCAUCCAGGAAUUUAAAGACCUAAACCAUGGCCACUUGGCAUCUUUUUUUUAAUCUCAGUCACUUCUGUUCCUAAAUUGGUCCUAUUUCCUGAAUUGUCUUCAGUGAGAGUCAGUUUAUCCUUGUGAAAACAGGAUGACCAAAACGACACACCACAUGCCAAAUGUGGCUUCACAUAUAGAAAUUUCUAGAAGUUACAACAUGGAAAUUGGCUGUUUGCUUGGGAAGGACUAACCAGAUAAAGUUUUCAGAGUCAGCACAAGCACCCUGAAUAACUAAGAGGUGAUCUAAUUGAGGUGCUUAUGAUUAAUGAAUUUGAGGAGGUAGAUGGGAAGAAACCACUGCUCUGGUAGUAGAAUACAGAACCAGGGGGAUAACCUAAUAUUACAGCUAGGCUGUUGGGAUUGUUGCCAGGGCACAAAAUAUUGGAAAUCAGGAACCCUCUUUCCCAAAAAACUGUUACUUGGGGUCAAUUAAAAAAUUUUCCAAAUUGAGGUUGAUAGACUCUUGUUGAGGGUAUUAAGAGAUGGGUAAUCAAGGUGAGUAGAUAGAGUGAAGAUAGACCAGCCAAGAUCUAAUUAAGUGGCUGAAUGAGUCCUUGCAGCUGAAUGACCUCUUCCUGUCCCUGUUCUGACAAGAUAAGAUUGUCUGACCUAAUUUCCUGUUCCUAAAAGCUCUGCAAUUGUAACUUGGGUGGUUGAAAGUUAUGGUUCUGGUUGAAAUUUUAAUGCUUUUGAUAUUAAUCAUCAUGGAGUGUAAGUUGUACCAAGAAGACUCUCCAACAAGUUGUACAACCAAUUCCAGCUAGGGCAUUUCUACUUAAGUCUUUGUUUGUAUUGAAUGAGUGCUCUGCUUUACUUUGAAAUGAAAUUAAGAAAACAUACCAAGUUUGAACAGAACUAUUUCUUUGAACCUGCAUGCUUUGUUUAUCAGGUUAGCUAGCUGUUGAAUUUCCAAUUGGUUAAUUCUGAAGUAAUAUUGCAGAGUUAGCUAACUAAUGACCUCUCGUUUUCUCCACGUUUCUCUGCGUAACUGGCUUAUGUUUCAACAGCUCUCAAUCCGACCCCCGUUUCCACUUUCAGCUCAACUGCAAAAGUGUCCAGCUUGUAACACAGGCAGCUGUUUGGACCAUUGUAACAACAGUUGUAAAACCUGUUCAGGUUGGCUUCUUUUUACUUGGGGUGAAGACUUUUGGGGGAGAAAAUGAAAGACCUGCAUUUUAUUAGCACCUUUCACAACCUCAGGACACUCCAGAGUAUCAUAAAGCCAAUGAAGUGCUUUGGGAAGUGUAAUAAUGUGGGACUGAAUUGAGUUAGGCAGAGUUGACUUGUUGGGGUUUUACUUUCUUUUUGACAAUGAGCAUCUUGUGACUCUAGGAAGAAUAUGAUCAGCCCUUGGCAAACCAGAUGAUCCAGUUUGACUUCAAACCCAAAAUUGCUCCUAAGAUCCAGUGUUUGCCCUCAUUGUUAUUAUGUGGGACAGAUAUUCUAGACCAUGUUUAAACUGGUUUUCUUUUAAUGGAUACCAAAGUGGGAAGUGAGAGGUAUUAUCAAAAUACAGCUCUUACAGAACCAAUGCAGUGCUUUGAGAGAUGUGAGGAAAACUGCGGUUUCUCAGACCAGUUUAGGACAAUUUUAUAUUUAGCAAUGAAAGACGUGUGACUUUCAAACCUAAGCCUUCAUAACAUAUAGCCCGGCUUCAAAGGUCAAUGGGAAAUGCCCAGCACUGCCACUCAUAAGAACAUAAGAAAUAAGAGCAGGAGUAGACCACAUGGCUCAUCGAACUUGCUCCACCAUUCAAUACAAUCAAGGCUAAUCCUGGGUUUUAACUCCACUUUCCCACCCACUCCCCAUAUC